AUGUGGCGGAAGAUAUUGAACUUUUGGCUGGAGACGUCGUCAUUAGGUGCUCUUCAUUUGGACAUCGAGCUGGACCACGUGCUGAGAUUGUUUGCCCGCCUGGCGACGUCUCCCAAUUAAAUGUCCAAAUGCUGACACGCCAGCAACUUGUGCGUCUCAUAUUUAGCACAUGGGACGUCCUAAUAAAGCAAAAGGCGAAAAUGUUGCGGAGCCUCACGUCGUCAUGUCAGAAAACGCCAUCAACAGGAUUCCAAAAUCACCUCGCCGCAAAACUCGUUAAUAACUUUUUAGAAGAAAAAUGUUUUUCUGAACUACUUCGACUUCGAUUUAGCCUCUUAAAAGGAGGUCACGUUAGUAUCAAUUUCGGAACUUUCUAUAAAUGUGCCCAGACUCUGUGGAGGUCUAGAUGCAAACUCUUUGAGGGUCCUACUUUCUCAAACUUUUGGUCCUAAAUUUACGAACUCUCAAAUUAUGCAAUCAGAACUGAGCCGAGGCUCGCAACUAUUAUCGCGCAACUAUGAUCCGUUAUGAUCUCGAAACUAGAAGUUAGCGCGGGAAGGACCAUCAUAGAUAUGAAUUUGAUACCGUGUUCAAAAUGCAAAAUAGCCGCCAGAGAAUGAAAAAGCAGAGCUGUGCUCUGGGCCAGCCGGGCUCGCGAAGCGGUCGAAAAUUUGCCACUUUUCGAACCUUUUUUCUCGAAACUUUCCUAUAAUGUUUAAAUAGGGAAGUGAGUGAUCGAAAAUAUGUUAUUUAGAGAAACUAUGUAAUCUAAAUCAUGAAGUGAGAGAUAAAAGUUUGCAACGAUUGUGGGCCGAUUCGGCCACUAACCUCGGCCCAACGCACAGUUCUGUGAAAAAGAUAACUAAAUUUUGGAGAAUCAGAGGUAAUUUUUCAUUUCGCGAUAAUGACUUUGAACACGGCAUAAACUUAUAAAGAAUUUCGGUCAUGAAAAUUCAUUGGAUUCUGCCAAAAUUUUCCUUCAAAAUAUUUCCGUCUUUAGGUUUCAUCUCUCAAAAUAUCACGUUUGUGAAUCGAACAUAUUCUCUCAUGAUAGACAAAAACAAAACUGUUUGCGAUGGUUGGAAGUAUUUCGAAAUUUCACGCAAAAUUACUACUUUUAAUAUAACCUUCUUCGCUUUUGCGGAAAAAUGAGCCGAAAUUCUCAAAUAUGAACAGCGGAGACGGCUCAUAGAAAGUCGAACAUGCUCCAUGGCCACGAACCUGUGGUCAUCCAUUCAAAAUUGAUGAUUUUGAGUAGAAAGAAAAUUUCAACAAUCUAGGGAGGAAAAAUCAAAGUUAAUGUAAUCGAGCCGCUUCAAAAACACGAAUUGGUUUUGAAUUUGAAAGAAAUGAAAGAGGCAGCUGUUGGUGUGGUUGGGUGCGUAACUCUAUAUUGUCGCGGAUCAACUUUCAAGGCGACCAAGCCAAAGUUUAGUCGAAAAAUUUUCAAAAACUCUUUUAAAGUUCCAGAAUUUCGCAUUGAAGUCUGAAAACUUGAAAUUCUUCAGCGUUUUGGCGUUCCUUUCGCUCAGAAAACUUCAUCAAAAUGUUUGCCCCUCACUUCUCUCGCAUUAGGAAUCAACUCCUAAGCAGGAAAUCGAAUUGAGGCCGACUUUUCAUCUUGAGUUCUCAACAAGGAAAAGAGAGUAAUCUAAAGAUCUAGAGUCGUUCCAAGAAAUCUUAAACAAGAAGAAGUUCAGUUUUUAUUAGAAACGUUUAUUCUCAAAAUUUUGUAAGUUUGUAAAAAAAGUGAAGGCGCAAAUUUAUGCAGUUGUCAGAUUCUACGUGUAAAUUGAGGUAUUGGCCAACCCUGUUUUAUCCAAUUAAGAUUACUGUGCGCGCAUAAUUGGAAUAGCAAAAAAAAGCGACCAAACAAGUGGGCGGACCUUGGCGGUCCCUAUUUAUGCUCAAUUCAAUCUGACUUUUAUUUAAACAAAAAAACGAUUUUCUCGGUGAGCUUUUGUCAUUGCUGACUCACUUCUGUCACACCAGCUAUUAAUUACCUCGAAAUCCAUUCCGCCAUUUUUGAAGGUGUUUUAAAUGGGAUUAUUGUAAAAAGUGGAUCAAACAUUUUAAAAUCAUUUAGUUUUGCUGAUAAGAUAAAAAAAACAAAUUGAAAGGGAUUUGGUUGUUGGUAGUUACAGUAGAGAGCAGGCAGAACUGAGUCGCGUCAAACAAACACAGGGCAAGGAGAAAAACGAGGAAUCUGAAGUGAUAACGGCUGAGGGUGCGCGAGGAUCCGCAGACGCAGGCCUGUUCAGCUCAACGAGCCGCUCCAAGGGACUUACAAACCAAAACACAAUUGAUCGCGGCCCUUGGACUCUCUGGCAGCGGUGGCAAACGUUUUCCGAUCCGUUGUACCCCGAAUCGCAAUCUCAUACUGAUCUUGUGAACCCUCACGCUUUAGCCAAGUUUUUUCCUUCCGAAUUUCGAGCUCCAUGAAAAUGAAAACAGAAAACACAGCUCGCAAACUUGGCAGGUGAUGGAGCUCACAGAGAAAAGAGCCGAUGAAAAGGAGCUCAGAAAAUUUUUUUUGACUUUCUGGACUCUCACGAUCCAGCUUUUGAAUAUGUGACUCAUGAUUCAUUUCAGAAAAAGACGGAGAUACAGCUGAAAAAGAUACUUCGUUCGGCCGAAGGGAAAUUCCAAGUGAGUUCACUUUCUUUCGACGAAAGGAAAUCGUCUUCGGGUUGGCAGAUUUUAAGAAAAGAUCAUUUCGGCAAUUGUUUGUUCUCUGUGUCGAGGUGCUCCCUUCCGUUCAACAACCUCUAGUUCGGAAAAGACUCAAUUCAAGCGAAACUUUGAAAAUUCGAAUUAAAACAUUUGAUAUGGCAGAUUUCUUCCUCCGCCGCUUCCGACGGGAUCGAAGGCGUGUUGAGCGUCGUGAAUGAUGAAAAUCCGCUGGAUGAAGAGCGCGGCUGGUUCAAUCCCAACUCUAGUCCUGAAGUACGUUGAAUUCUCCCGAUACAAAUUCUGUAAAUUUUUUUCUUUUUUUUUUGGAAGAUUGAAAAAUAUUGCUGUUUGAAAAAGAUGAGGAUUUAUAAAAAAAAAUAAGCUCUGCCAUCAUUUCGCGAUUUUUUGUUCGCAAACGUUUUGUCUUAUUCUGUAACCAAUUCGCCUAAACUCGUAAUUGGCUGAUUUCUCUGCGCUCUCUUCCUCCUUGGCGACCCUCUCAUGUUCACAUGCUGUUUCCUUGCUUCUAUGACUUGUCCUUUGAGAGAAAGGGACGCUGGUUGGUCAAACUGUUUCGAAUCUUGACGAAUGGGUCACACCUAACUUUCCUUCUAUUUUGAAGGGAGGAUAAUCGAAAUCUUCAGAUCAUGAAAGUGAUCUGCAGUUACGUGACUUGCGGCCCGACGCAGUCCAAGUGUCUGAAACCGAUUAUUCCCUUCGGCCACUGUUGCCCUCUUUGUGGUUCGUUCCAGUUUCCUGAAAUAUUUGUUUGAAUAUAUUCGAAGAGAGGAGCACUUUCCAUGUUUCAUAUUUUGAAAAAAUUUUUAAUAAAAUGGACCAGCAGAUAAAUUUGAAAAAGUUCGAAUUAAGGCGCCAAAAUCAACUUCGCGGCUCACAAUGCAAAGCUAGUGGAGAUAAAAGAAGCCGUCACUUUGGCGAUCCGAGAGAAGACGUUGCCUUGGAACACAACCCAGCUGGUGGAGAGAACCAACGACGAACAAGAGCCGACUUCGACCUUCCAGGUGGGAAAGCCGAGUUGAGUCACGUACCCCCUCAGGUCGUGCUUCUCGUCGACGACGCCGUCGACUACGACGAAGACGAUGUCGAAGAUCUGGUCAACAGAGCUCUCCAGAAGCUUCGCGACCGUUCCAGUGGGUAUUAAUUUCUUCUUCUUUUCUCAAAAAGUGUUAUCCAAGUUAACUUCAAUAUUGAAGGCCUUCUUCCACGCAGAAUUUUUCGCAUUGAAAUUAGUCAAGAACGGUUUAGAAUUCCCCUUUUUUGUAAUUUUUCAUUCUUCGUUUGUCAUUUUCCAUACACUGCGCUCUUUCAAUUUAUAUGAUGAAGAUUCACUUUCACAUAUGCUGGGAUUUACUUAUUCUCCGACUUUCUAACAAAAGAAAACAUUAUUUGCUAUUCUCGCGAGCCAAUCUUGCUUUUUUUAUUGUGGAUAUAUACGUUUUCUCUUAAGUAACAAGCUAUACUUAAAAGUUCGAGACUUCAAGAAUAUAUAUAGCACUUUUAAAUUUGCAGGAAACAUGAUGAGCUUCAUGAGCCCAACCGUUAUCAGCUCCAAAACUGACAGAGCGAUACGUCUGCGUAAGAUCCGAAAUAAAGUCAAAGCAAUUGGAAAAACUUUGAGGCUCGAUACUGGUCGGAGCAACGAUAUAUUUCCUCCUCGUUUUGAGCGUGAUAUGCGCUCUUAUGUACCGAAACGGAUUCUCACUUCCGACUACGAUGUAAACUUCAGAGAAUCUUCUUAAUUAAUAUAUUCUGUAGAAGGUAUGCGCUACCACGGGUCAAGUGGCACAGGAGAGACGACCGAGUUGAAUUGGUCGCUGAUGAGGUCCGUUUCUGGAAUGAAGGAAGCAUUCUUUGGAGUUGAGGAAGAAAGUUCUUCGACAGCGGUGGAGGAGAUGCCAAUAGAAACGAAAAGUGAUGAGGAAACCUUGGUUGCAUCCAGAGACUCGGCUAAGAAGGAAGACACAACGGAAGAUCAAUAUGGUAUACAACUGGUUGAUAUGCAAUGA